GUUUUUAGGGCUAAUUUGCGAUCUGGGUUUCAAAGAUUUUUCAAAAAAGAUAAGAAAUUUGGGAAUAUAUAUAUACAUAUAUAAAUAAAUAUAUAUAUAUAUGGAUAUUAUGAUGGAUAAUAAUAAUAAUUGGGAAUUGGGUACUCUUGACCCAGAAUUAUUACAGCUAAAUGAAGUCUAUAUUUCAUUGGGAAGUGGUAAUAAUAAGUCAUCAAAUCUUUCUUUUGCUCAGAAGCUUUUUGAUCAAUGGCUUUCUCUCCCUGAAACCACACCUUUGGUGAAGUCUAUGCUAAACAAGGCUAAGUCAGGGGUUGCACUGAAUGUUUCUGGAGCAGCUUCCAGCCCGAAAUCUGCUUGUAGCAACUCUGUGCCUCCACUUUCGCCUAGAAGCUCUUCUGGUUCUCCUCGUAUAACAAAGCAUAGAGGCCCUUCUGUUUUAGGUUCUCCGUUGAAACUAGUUACCGAGCCGGUCAAAGAGAUAAUCCCUCAGUUUUAUUUUCAAAAUGGGCGCCCACCACCUAAUGAACUUAAAGAACGAUGUUUGUUUAGAAUUAACUCGUUCUUCUAUGGUCAUGCCAGUGGACUAUCAUUGGAUGAAUUCAAACCUGUUACCAAGGAAGUAUGCAUGCUCCCAUCAUUUUUCUCAACCACUCUGUUUAAAAAGAUAGAUGUUGAAAAUACUGGCUUUGUAACCAGGGAUGCAUUUGUGGAUUUUUGGGUCAAUGGUAACAUGCUGACAAAAGAUAUAGCCACCCAAGUUUUCACAUUAUUAAAGCAGCCUGAUUUGAGAUAUCUUACUCAGGAGGACUUCAAACCCAUUCUUCGUGAACUUUUGACAACUCAUCCAGGGUUGGAAUUCUUACAGAGCACACCCGAAUUUCAAGAGAGAUAUGCUGAGACGGUAAUCUACAGAAUAUUUUACUAUGUGAACCGAGCGGGUAAUGGUCGUCUCACCCUGAGGGAGCUCAAGCGUGGAAACUUAAUUACUGCAAUGCUUCAUGCAGAUGAAGAAGAGGACAUAAACAAAGUUCUGAAGUUCUUCUCGUAUGAACACUUUUAUGUAAUAUACUGCAAGUUCUGGGAACUGGACACAGAUCAUGAUUUCUUGAUUGAUAAAGAGAACCUCAUUAGAUAUGGUAACCAUGCACUCACCUACAGGAUUGUUGACAGAAUAUUCUCCCAGGUUCCACGGAAGUUCACCAGUGAAGUUGAGGGGAAAAUGGGAUAUGAAGAUUUUGUUUACUUCAUUUUGUCUGAAGAGGAUAAAUCAUCUGAGCCUAGUCUUGAGUACUGGUUUAAGUGCAUAGAUUUAGAUGGAAAUGGGGUGCUAACAAGGAAUGAAUUACAGUUUUUCUAUGAAGAACAGUUGCAUAGGAUGGAAUGUAUGGCACAAGAGCCUGUUCUUUUUGAGGAUAUAUUAUGUCAGAUAGUCGACAUGGUUAAACCACAGGAUGAGGCAUAUAUGACUUUACAUGACCUGAAAGGAAGCAAACUUUCUGGCAGUUGUUUCAAUAUCCUCUUCAACCUUAAUAAGUUCAUGGCUUUUGAAUCUCGUGAUCCGUUUCUCAUUCGUCAAGAGCGUGAAAAUCCAACAUUGACUGAAUGGGACCGGUUUGCACAUCGGGAGUAUAUCCGACUUUCAAUGGAGGAAGAUGCAGAUGAUGCCUCUAAUGGUAGUGCAGAUGUAUGGGAUGAGUCUCUUGAGGCCCCAUUUUGACCUCAAUUCAGAAAACUACUCAUAUAGGUUAACUAGGAUGCGAUUUUUAAAUCAAGUUGGGACUCCUUAACAGAAGGCUGUAAAGUUUUUAGAAGGCAUUACUGAGCAUGAUUAAUCUGGAGUAUAAAUCUCCAGACAAGUAAAAGGGGGUUCUCAAAUUGCAUGCUCGAUAGAACUGUCACAUCAUAAAUCAAGUCGACUCUCAAAUAUUUUUGCAACCUUUUUCUUACAAGCAUUUUCGUUUAUUAGUUGCUUUUGCUUAAAACCAUUAGCUGUUUUUUUGGUUCUAAAAUGCAUUCAUUAACAUUUUCUCGAUGGGUUCUGAUACGAGUAAUAGAUGUAUGUUUCAGUUGAUCUUUUA